AAUAACUACUACAGUAGUAUAAUGGCGGAUUGGGGUCCAAUGGUGAUAGCAGUGGUACUGUUUGUGUUGCUAAGUCCAGGCUUGUUGUUUCAAGUACCAGGAAGGAACAGAGUGGUGGAGUUUGGGAACAUGCAUACUAGUGGUGUAUCUAUUUUGGUUCAUACAAUCAUCUUUUUUGGACUCAUUACAAUCUUUCUUAUUGCCAUCGGUGUUCAUAUCAACACUGGUUAACUCAUUUUCAUCAAAUUAUUAUAGCCUUCCUUUAAUUUUAGUUCUGGUGUGGUUUGAAGUUAUGUUGGUCUUUAUCUUUUGGAAUAUUUGAUGUACUUUUCUUUACAAUUAUUAGAGUGGUAUUUGGAAUUAAUAACAAGAUUGGUAUUUGGAAUUAAUAAGAUAGGAGUAUGUAUUUGUAACUUAUGACUUACUAGUAGCUGUUUUCAAGAGCUAAGUCAUAUAAUUUCUUUCACUUUUUACAAUUAAUAACAUGCUUAUAACACAAAUAACAAGAGCUGAAAAAACUUGUAAUAUUAAGAUUUCAGUUCACAAAAGUGGUAUUAAUAAUAACCCUUCAUUCUUUGGUAGA